AUGCCAGCUGAGUUACAAGACCAGGAGCCAUCCAUUGUCGUGAACGGCAAUUUGGGCAAUGACGAGCCCGUCGAGGAAGUGUACUCUCAAGAUGACCAAGAAGAGAUCAAACCAAAGAAGAGCGUCACAUUUAGUGGGCUGGACGACUUUGAGUCCGAAGAAGAAAAAAGAAAGCGUGAAUUCGAAGAAGGAGGUGGUUUACCAGAGCAGCCCUUGAACCCUGACUUCUCCAAACUGAACCCACUUUCUCCAGAGAUUAUCAACAGACAAGCCACCAUCAACAUCGGUACCAUCGGUCACGUCGCUCACGGUAAGUCUACCGUAGUUAGAGCCAUUUCUGGUGUGCAAACUGUCCGUUUCAAGGAUGAAUUAGAACGUAACAUUACAAUCAAGUUGGGUUACGCCAACGCCAAGAUCUACAAGUGUCAAGAGCCAACCUGCCCUGAGCCAGACUGUUAUAGAUCAUUUAAGUCAGAUAAGGAGGUUUCGCCAAAGUGUGAGCGCCCAGGAUGUCCAGGUCGUUACAAGCUAGUGCGUCAUGUUUCUUUCGUUGACUGCCCAGGUCACGACAUCUUAAUGAGUACCAUGUUGUCUGGUGCUGCAGUCAUGGACGCUGCUUUACUGUUGAUUGCUGGUAAUGAAUCAUGCCCUCAACCUCAGACCUCGGAACAUUUGGCUGCUAUUGAAAUUAUGAAGCUGAAGCAUGUCAUCAUUUUGCAAAACAAAGUCGAUCUAAUGCGUGAAGAAAGCGCGUUAGAACACGAAAAAUCCAUUCUAAAGUUCAUCAGAGGUACUAUUGCAGAUGGUGCUCCCGUUGUUCCAAUUUCAGCACAACUGAAAUACAACAUAGAUGCCGUCAAUGAAUUCAUUGUUAAGACGAUUCCUGUGCCUCCAAGGGACUUCAUGGCCUCUCCACGUCUAAUUGUUAUUCGUUCUUUCGAUGUUAACAAGCCUGGUGCUGAAAUUGAAGAUUUGAAGGGUGGUGUCGCAGGUGGUUCCAUUCUAAAUGGUGUUUUCAAAUUAGGCGAUGAAAUUGAAAUUAGACCAGGUAUCGUCACCAAGGAUGAGCAAGGUAAGAUUCAAUGUAAGCCAAUUUUCUCCAAUAUUGUCUCCCUUUUUGCUGAACACAAUGAUUUAAAGUUUGCCGUUCCAGGUGGUUUGAUUGGUGUCGGUACUAAAGUAGACCCAACGUUAUGCCGUGCAGACCGUUUGGUUGGUCAAGUUGUAGGUGCUAAGGGUCACUUGCCAAGCAUCUACACUGAUAUCGAAAUCAACUACUUCUUACUACGUCGUUUGUUGGGUGUAAAGACAGAUGGUCAAAAGCAAGCUAAGGUAAGAAAUCUAGAUCUAAAUGAAGUCUUAAUGGUCAACAUCGGUUCAACCGCAACUGGUGCACGUGUCGUCGCAGUCAAAGCUGACAUGGCCAGAUUACAGUUGACCUCUCCUGCUUGUACAGAAAUCAACGAAAAGAUAGCAUUGUCGAGACGUAUCGAAAAGCAUUGGCGUUUGAUUGGUUGGGCUACUAUCAAGAAGGGUACUACCUUGGAACCUAUUGCUUGA